UAACUAGUAAAGACACUCAGGUACACGUGAUAUUUAUUUCACAAUACUAUUGAACUUAAUCAAAUAGAUUUAUAUAAAACAUCCCCAUGAUGGAUGAGGUUCCCAAACUAUGGAUCCGCCUAAGGAUUUUGGUUGCUGCAGUAGGGGUACUCGUCGGGUUGUCGGUUUUUGCUGUGUUCGGAGUACAGUAUCAUAACUGGAAUGCCGCCGGCUGGGGUCUUCUGUCAGGUAUUGUUGCAGCGGCAACGUUACUAGUGCAUGUUAACAACGCCAGAGGAGCCUUUGACAAGAACAAUAAUAGGCUCAAAACAUGGAUGUUGAUGGGGUGUUUCUCCCAAUUAUUGGGAGUUUGUGGAUUCGCUGUGUAUCUCACUCUCGCCAUCGUCGAUAACCAAGGUCUACAAAUUUAUGAUGACGGUUUCUACCUUACACUAGUGUGGUGUUUUAUGACCUGGAAGUGGGGCUUCUCUCUGUUUUACUAUUCCCGUUCCUACAAACGUUAUUUAGAAGAACUUCUGCUCCAGGGUUCCUAAUACUGUCCUUUUACCUCGUUAAUUCAUGUGUACAGGUCAACUUCUCGUAAAUAUGUAUGACAGCAUAUCUCGUUGCCGUACUGCCUUUAUGGCAAGGGACUUGUGUCCGGUUUGAAUCUCUCACCAAGCUAUCAAUUCUAGAUUUUUUCUGUGAAAGUGUUUUCAUUUAUAGAUACAACACAUAUACAGUCGUUUCAUUCAGUAGUCAAUGGUAAACGUUAUUUACUCGAGUGUUGAGACCAAACUGGUGAACUAUAUCCCAUAGCCGCAAGCAUAGAGAAACGGUUGAUCAGAUUGGACCCUUCACCGAUGGAUGACUGAUAAGAAAUGAAACAACUGUUUUUCUCAUGUGAUCAAUAGAAUAUUUAGCUAUCUGACAUUACCGGAGUCGAUAGAGUCUUCGACACAGAAUUUUUUUUUUUUUUUUUUUACUGAUUAUCAAACUUAAUUCAAUCGGCUACUCCCCGCCUCUGUCGGCUUAUCACAUAUCGCGAGGCAAUAGAUAAAACUAUCAAGGUUGAAUAUGUCAUUGUAUCAUACAUAUUGAACAUUGAUCAUUAUGCGGAUUUUGGCUUUAUGUGGUGCAUCCAGGUUAAAUGUUUUCAGUAUACACAAGGGAUGAUUUUAUCCAAUUCACAGAAGUUGUUCUGAGUGGGUACAAAGAGACAAUGUUGUAUGUAAAGAAAUAGAUUUGAAAGUAAUGGUGAACUUGUUCUAACGUGAUCAGUGCAUUUUCCGCCAUACUGAACAUUCUGGGAAUAAAAAAGAGAUGUUUAACAACUUUUCAGAAUGUAUUCUGAAGUUGGUACACAUUGGUUAUUUAAAAUGCAUAGAAAUGUAUACGAGAGAUCGAAGGCGACAUCCUGUUCCUUAGUCCUAAUAAUGGUCUAAUGUACUUUAUUAUUUAUUCAUAUUAAUUCCUGCAAGCUCUCCUGAAACUAUGUUCUGUAUUCUAGAAAUCAGCAUCCAGUCCAUUAUAAACCCCGUAUCACAUUCGUUUAUUUCGUGGUAAGUGUAAUUCAGAUAGGUGUUUUGGGACGAUUUGAACCUGUAUUUCUUAAGGAAAUUGUUUUCCUGUGAACUAAUUGAUGAUAUAUAACACACAUGUAGCUUCUCCUGAGAUUACAAAAAGCACACACUUUAAUCUGUUUUAGCAUCAUUGAUUUUGUUCGUCUCCUUAGUCACUGUUACAGAGUUUGGUCUACAGCGAACGGUAUUUAUAUACUUUGAAAUCUUAAUUGUGCUACCUACGACUCAUUUGUGAUAUUAAUCAUCUAUGUUCAAAAUGAAUGUUAAAACGCAAUGUAAUUCUACGACACACAAAUGACAUAAAAAAAAUGAAAGAAUACAUUCUGCUUUGGUUCAGUUUUUAUAAAAAAAAAGGGUGUUUUUUUCAACAAUUUAGCAAAUAUCUUUUAUUCCUCUACUGAUACAGUCAAACCUGUAUUAAGAGGCCACCCAAGGACCGGCGGAAAUUGGCCGCUUAAGACAGGUGGCUGCUAAAACCAGGCUAACCCAAAAAUCACAACCAAGUUUUCAUACAUCUACUGGUUAUAAUGACAUUUUCACGGCAAUAUUCGCUGCUAUGUUAUUUUGAAUGUUUCUCCCUUCAUCAACAGGUGUACGAUUUCAUACUUGAAUAUAAAUGCAUAAUCA